CGACAGAAAAUCACACUCACCACGCCAGCCUCUCUCUCCUCUCUCUCCUCUCUCUCUCUCUCUCUCUCUGCGCUGUUUGUUCUUUCAGAAAACGGAAACUCUUCAAACUUGAAACUUGAAAGUACGCGAAUCGAUCGGAGUCUAUGUGGAUUCUUCAAUUUCUUGUUUCAGGUAGGAUUCAAUAUGUGCUAACUGCAACACAUUUCCCACUUAUUGUGUACCUGUAACUUUAGCUCUAUUAAGCAUGGGGACGUAUUCAUGGUAUUCGGUCAGCAGAUAGCAGGAGAGGAGGAAAGGGUUAUUAGCAUCAUUCUGUGGUCAGGGACUGAGCUGGUGAUACUAUUAGCAGUUGUAAUUUACAUGGUUAAAAUUUUCAGCACUUGCUGCUAAUAUUUCGAAAAUGGAUGAUGGUCGGCAACAUGAAAAUGGGAGACACAAGAUGGACUAUUACAGAGGGGGGGUGGCAUCGCCGUGGAAUAUGAUGACCCAACAGCAAGCGAAGGAACCAAAUGCCUUAGUCAUGAACAAGAAGAUCAUGUCCAUUAUUGCUGACAGGGAUGCUGCUAUUCGAGAACGGAAUGCAGCACUUGCUGAAAAGAAUGAAGCCUUGGCUGCAAGAGAUGAGGCACUCCGUCAGCGAGAUGAGGCACUAGCUCAGCGUGAUAGUGCCCUGAUGGAACGGGACAACGCCUAUGCAGCCCUUCAUUCGCGGGAUAAUGCUGUCAACUUCCCGUUGGGUGGUGGAGCUCAACGUGGAUCUAAACGCGUGCAGCGCCCCUCAAACCAUUCAGUUACCCUGGCUGAUGUUCAUUACAGCACAAAAGAUGUGAAUAUAACUGAGGCCUACCCUAUUUCAGUUAUAUCUCCUGAAGCUGUCAAGUCACGUCAGACAAAGCGAGCAAAGGAGAACAAGGCAUCCAGGGCAAAGCAGUCACGGAAAAAAGUAGGCGAAGAUUUGAAUAGGCAGGCUUCCUCGGAUGGGAUUAAGUAUAAAUCAGAGUGGGAUACUCAUGAUUUGGGUUUGAAUCUUGUCUCUUUCGAUGAGUCUACAAUGCCAGUGCCAGUUUGUUCAUGCACUGGAAUUCCGCGGCAGUGCUACAAAUGGGGGAAUGGCGGGUGGCAGUCAUCUUGUUGCACCACCCAUAUGUCUAUGUAUCCACUACCUCAGAUGCCAAAUAAGCGCCAUGCCCGGAUGGGUGGGCGGAAGAUGAGCGGAAGUGUUUUUACUAGAUUGCUUAGUCGGCUAGCAGCAGAUGGUCAUGAUUUGUCAAUACCGCUGGAUUUGAAAGAAUACUGGGCCAGACAUGGGACAAAUCGCUACAUAACGAUCAAGUAGGUCAGAAGCAAUAAUUUGGAUGUUUUCUUUCGAGGUACCUCUCUCUUUUUCUUCCUACUCGCCCUCUCGUGUCUCUGAAUUUAACGGAUAUCUUCAUUGGCAUGUGGCUGUAUUCAAUGAAAUCAAUGGGAGAAAUUUUCGAUAA